UGUGACCAGCCAUUUUGUUAGCUAGCUUGAGAGGUUAGAGAAAGGUUAGCAGACACGUUUAGUUGCAAAUAUGUUUAUUCUGGACGGUUGACUUCGUACUUAAAUUUCACCGAAUACGAUAACUAGUUGGUGUUGUUAUUUACGUACAAUUUUCCGGUCACACGGUCGUAGAAAAGAGGGGGACUCGUGCAGUUGUUGACAGUAAACACGGCGCAAAAGUGGAUGGUCAUUCAUUUGAGUUUGCUAGCCUGUUAGCCAGCCAGCUAACUUGUUUUUGCUGUCCAAACGGUCAGCUUUCAUGGCCGCCAGCGAUUAAAUGUUAUAGAGUCAGGAGUGGAGAGAGUGUCGUCGUUUCACAGUUUCUGUCUCCAUUGCUUUACCCAACCAGGAGAGAUAAACUUCACUGAAGAUCGAUCAUCUCUGUUGUUGUGUUUACCAAUAACUCUUAUCAGCUGACUGCACUCGGACCGGCGCUCAGCCAUGUCAGAGUUGUAUAUUCGGGUGGCUGAGGAUGAGAGCGAGGAGCCGAUGGAGAUCCCCUCAGAAGACGACGGCACUGUGUUGUUGUCGUCGGUGGCGGCUCAGUUUCCAGGGGCAUGCGGGCUGCGGUACAGGAACCCGGAGUCCCAGUGCAUGCGGGGGGUCCGGCUGGUGGAGGGGGUCCUGCACGCACCCGAGAGCGACUGGGGAAACCUGGUCUACGUCGUCAAUUACCCCAAAGAUAACAAAAGGAAGAUGGAUGAAAUAGACGCUGCCUCAGCUGUGAAAAUCAAAAGGGGCUUUCAGAAGACAUCAGAUCUCAUUGUCCUCGGGCUGCCAUGGAAAACAACAGAACAAGACCUGAAAGAUUAUUUCACUACCUUUGGCGAAGUCAUCAUGGUGCAGGUCAAGAGAGAUGCAAAGACAGGCAACUCAAAAGGAUUUGGGUUUGUCCGGUUCACUGACUAUGAAACACAAACCAAAGUGAUCGCUCAGAGACACAUGAUUGAUGGACGAUGGUGUGACUGCAAACUUCCCAACUCAAAGGCAUGUCCUGAUGAACCCAUGCGGAGCCGUAAAAUCUUUGUUGGCCGCUGUACAGAGGACAUGACCACUGAUGAACUGAGGCAGUACUUCAUGCAGUACGGCGAAGUCACUGAUGUCUUCAUCCCCAAACCUUUCCGGGCGUUUGCAUUUGUCACGUUCGCUGACGACCAGGUCGCCCAAGCCCUGUGUGGAGAGGACUUGAUCAUCAAAGGAGUCAGCGUGCACAUUUCCAAUGCUGAGCCCAAACACAAUAAUAGUAGGCAAAUGAUGGAUCGCGGGCGGUUUGGGGCUGGUGGGUUCAGUCAGGGUUAUGGCAGUAAUCGUGGUGGGCUAGGCAGUGGUAGUAGUGGGGUUAACUUUGGGGCUCUUGGUCUUAACCCAGCAAUGGUGGCAGCUGCCCAGGCAGCGCUGCAGAGCAGUUGGGGAAUGAUGGGCAUGCUGGCUAACCAGCAGGGUCUGACCACAACGGCAGGCACAGCCACCACAACCCGAGACCAGACCUAUAGCUCUGCCAGUGCCAGUUACAGCAGCCCCAGCUCAGCUAGCCUCGGCUGGGCUGCAGGCACUAACACCCCCUCCAACAGUGGCUUCAGCUCCGGCUUUGGCACCUCUAUGGAGUCUAAGUCUUCUAGUUGGGGAAUGUAGAUAGCUUUGAGUUCACCUUUUACUGUUGCUAUUAGGCUAAUCUGGUAAGUAUACCCAGAGGGGAACUGCUCAUAUCUUAUGUUCCUAUUGAUUAAAAAUACACUGCCUUUUAUGUUGUUGAAGAGGAAAUUUAUAUUUGCGUGUGACUGAUUAUGUAGUCCUGCAUUGAAUGGGUGAAAAGUGUAGUUUGUUAGCGGAAGCUGCCACAUCACCUUUUUUGUUUUUGAGAACAUGAGAUGAGAUGUGCAUGCAAGAUUAAUAUUUAUGAACAUGCACGAACAUCACAAGAGCCCCCACAGCCCCUUGUAAAAAUGGGCUUGAAAUAUUUAUAUAUCUGUAUGCAGUUGAUUGCAUCUUUUUGUUUGUUUUUGUUUGACGUCUGAUGGAAACGCCUUCAUGAAAAUCUCUUCUGCAGUUCACCAACUCUUUCCCAAUUUCCCGGGAGGAAGCGCCUCAUUGGCAGCAAUGUUCGACCGAUCUCAGUAUCAAUUCCCCUCCUCCCAUGUG